AUGGAAGAUAAGAACAGCGCGUAUGAUUUAGGAGUGAAUCCAUAUCUUGAAGACCUUCAAAGACGAGAAAACAAAUCCUUACUUGAAUGCAUGUCAAAAGCGAUGUGCGAUAAUGACCCAAUGCGGCAAAUCAACAAUCCUGAUAUAUGGUCUGAUCACCUAAACAUGGAAAAUCUUCAUCAAGAGUUCAAUUUAAACUCAAAUAGAGAGAAUGACGUCAUUGAGCCAGAGGAGUUUAGAUAUAAUCCUCCAGACUACCUUUUGUUCGAGGAUGUCGCCCAGAGAAACGAGGAUAGAUUAAAAGACUUUGGAUAUAGAGAUGAAAGCAAGAUAGACUAUGAAGAAGAAUUCAAAGAAUCUACUCCAAUGAUUGGUGCAGGUAAAACGGUCAAAUCCCACGCAAAAUGAGAGUCCAAGAGCAACCUUGAGGAUGACUCUAAAUCUGGGACUAAGCAUGUCCUCACUAAUAAGGAGAGAGCUCGAAUUGCACGAAAGAGGAAGAAGCAAUACUAUGAGGAUCUGGAGAAGAAGAACAAAUAUCUUGAGGACCAAGUUAAGCAAUUGACUAAGGAAGUUAAAAUCUACAAAGAGCAAGCUCAGAAAGCAAGCCAAGGUGGGCAAGAUGUGCCAAUGGAUAUAAAUGAUCAGAAAAACAUUUCAUGCCUUUCGAAUGAAUGCUUAAAUAUGAUUAGAUGAAUCCCAGGUGAAAAGGACAUAUUUCAAAUUCAUAACAAAGUUAGUGAUGCUUGUCGUCCAUUUGGAACCAGGAAAAUUAAUGCUCUUGACAAAGCCUUUGAUAAAAUCAUUGGGAAUAUUUUCUGUGAGGGAACUAUGCUUGACCUCUAUGCUUGUGAUAAGUCUCUUCCAAAAACUAAAGCUGAGUUUGAGAGCUAUAAAAAGUUAGGAAAGUUCCAGAGACACGAAAAAUAUCCUGACCCAUUAAUCAGAGAUUAUGUAGAAAGAUCUCUUCUAUUCAAUUUUUCUAACGAGCAAUAUCAGAACUUCACAGUGAACUAUAUGAAUGCUGUUCAAAAUCUAAAAGAAGAAGUAAGAGAUGCUAUUUCAACACUCUAUGAAGCAAGAUCUAAGAUCUAUAAAGCAAUCAUGACUUCCGAUGUGCUUAAGACUCAAGCAUGCACUAAAACCAUCAAGAAGGAGCAGUUCCUUAGAAUGGCAGAGAAGUGUAUUCAUUUGAACACCAAGGUUACAUUUGAUCAUAUUUUUAACAUUACAAAAGAGAAAAUCUCAGUGGAGAAGAAAAUAGAUAUUCCAAACCCGAAAUUAUUUUCAAGAGCACUGACAUUUAGAGCCUCAAAGCCAGGGCCAAAGGAAUUUCCAAGUGAGGUCUCUGAGUUAUACUCAACUACUCUUUAUAGUUGCCGAAAUGCUAAUUAACCACUAUUUAUUAGCGAAUCAAAGUAAUAUUUCAAUCA